AUGGCGAGGGGAGGUGGUGUUGGUGGACUUGGGGAGUUGCAUGGCUUAAACCAGCUUGGGGGUUUUUUAUGCAUUGGUGGGCUUGGAAAUGUGAGAGAUGCCAGAGAUGCUGGGGAAGCAAAUAUGAAGGACAAGUCGGAGCUUAAAUCUCUGAAAUUGAAUUGGAAUAUUGGCAGCGAUAGUAGGCUACUAUCGCUGGAAGAUGAAGAACAAGUAGUAGUGUUGGAGAAUCUCCAGCCACAUACAAAUCUUAAGGAAUUGAGUAUUGGAAGCUACAAAGGCGUCAAGAUGCCACGUUGGGUGAUACAGUACUCUUCUUCCCUGCUCCCAAAUCUAGUGAAACUUAACCUGACGGAAUUUACUAAUCUCAGAUAUUUGCCACUGAUUGGUGAAUUCCGUUGCCUUAAGCAUCUCACUCUAUAUUCUCUAGAUGCCCUCAAGUCCAUAUGCAAUAAAGUGUUGUUGGUGACUACUCCUAAGGAAGGAGGAGGAGGAGGAGAAGAAGAAAGAAAACCAUUAGGAGGAGGAUUAAUGGUACUAUUUCCAAUGCUAGAAUAUCUUCAACUCAGAUCUAUGCCAAAUCUGGAGAGGUGGACAAUCUCAGUAGGAGAAGAAGAAGAAGAAUCGGUAGCAGAAGAAGAAGAAAAAGAUAACAAUCAUUUGCAUUUGCUGUCUUCGAUGUUUCCACGUCUCAAGUGCUUGUCUUUAAAAGAUUGCGAUAAGCUGACAAGAGUACCAAUGCUUUCAGCCUGGGGAAUACAACAUCUCACCUCUCUUCAAAAUUUGAAAAUCACAAGACUUGGAAGAUUAGUGUCUCUGCCUGAUUCCCCUGCUCCUGCAACACUAGAAGAGCUGCACAUCGAAGACUGUCCAAGUCUGCUGAGAUUGCCAGACUGCUUCUUUCAGAAUCUCAACUCACUUUCUGAGUUUGCGAUUUUGUCUUGUCAUAAGUUGGCAUCUUUACCGGAAGGGAUUCGGCACCUCAUUUCACUGAAACGCCUAUACAUUGUUUACUGUCAAGGCUUGACAACAUUACCGGAGGGCUUGGGAAGUCUCUCAGUGCUUGAACAGCUUUGGAUUUGGGAUUGCUCUAAUUUAUCGUCUCUGCCAGAAGGAAUUCAACACCUCACUACACUAAGCACGCUGGUAGUUUGGGGAUGUUCAGGUUUGAAAACGUUACCGAAGGGCUUGGGAAGUCUCUCAUCGCUUCAAGAGCUUCGGAUUCGGGAUUGCUCUAAUUUAUCGUCUCUGCCAGAAGGAAUUCAACACCUCACUGCACUAAGAACGCUGGUAAUUUCAGAAUGUCCAGGUUUGAAGACGUUACCGAAGGGCUUGGGAAGUCUCUCAUCGCUUCAAGAGCUUGUGUUUCGCAAUUGCUCUAGUUUAUCAUCUCUGCCACAAGGGAUUCAGCGCCUCAUUGCAUUGAAAGAGCUGAGAAUUGAGGAUUGUCCAUGUUUGAAAGAAUUACCCGAUGGACUCCGAAACCUCGCAUUGAAUGGUGUACUUAAAAUUUCAGAUUGUCCUAAUCUGUCUCUUCCUCCGAUUUUUCCUGAGGUUUCCUCCUCAUAG